AUGAGCUUCCCGAGCCAGGCGCACCACCCGCACCCUCCUCUCGCCGGCCGACCGCCCAACUCGCACCUGAUCCACACCAGCCCGUACCUCCCGCCAGGUCUCGAACUCGUUCAGGCUCACUGGUACUGCCGCCACGGCGAGCGUGCCCCUGUUCGCCAGCGACUCGUCGGCGUCGGCGACAUCCCGCCCGUCUUCUCCCUGUGCUCGGUCGGCCGCGAGUUCCGCUCGGCCGUCCUGUCGUUGAGCGCGUCUGCCGCCUCUCCGACGGGCACGGCCGCGCCCCAGACCACGGCGAUGGACGUCAGGCGGUGGACCGAGGACGUCGGCGACAGCGCGCGAGGGUACAAGGGCGGGCCGGCCGACUGCUACUGGGGCGAGUUGACCGACCUCGGCCGUCGCUCCACCCUCGCCCUCGGCGCCAUCCUGCGCAGCAUCUACGUCCCGCUCGGCUUCCUCCCCGAGACGCUCUCGCCCUCCAACGCCGACCAGGUCUCGUUCCGCUCGACCAACAUGCCGCGCACCAUCGAGUCGCUUCACCAGAUCGUCGAGGGCCUGUGGCCGGCCUCGGCGAGGCAAGACGGCCUCAAGGUCGACUUUCAGCUGCGAGGCUGGCAGGACGAGGACCUGUACCCGAACCAGUCGUGCAG